GAUCGAUGUUGUCUGAAGUCCUUACUGUCAUGUUACAGUGCUUAUUCUCCUCACAUGAAUCCUAACGACUUUUUAUUCUUUUGCCACAUGCACGAAUUGAGGUAGUUUGUCAGCAGGUGAUAGAAAAAGCUUCUUGUGAUACUUCUUGCGACAAUUAGGAUUUUUACUCUGACAUACGUAAGUCUAACGGAUAAGCCUAAGCGAGAUCAUUCAUAAGAACUAAUACGCCUUCAAUUAUUGCGCUAUUCUCCACAGACUAGACAAAAUGGACGGAAUUUCUGAAGAGGGACCCUUCGCUCUCCUCCAGAAGGCAGUGCGUGACAACGGUCAAAUUCUCAUAAAUCUUCGCAGCACGCGCAAGGUCAUUGCCAGGUAUACGCCUUUGAUUUUCGUCUUGAUUACUGGUAUGCAUAGACUUUCUAUUCUUGUUGUAGUCCGUUGUGUUCUUUUUCGCGAAAGUUUAAAAUCAUUCACAUUUCUUUGUCCGCAAACACAACAGACUGAAAGCUUACGACCGACACAUGAACAUGGUUUUGGAGCAGGCCCGCGAAAUGUGGGUUGAGCAGCCAAAGGGAAGCAGCAAGGCGAAACCGAUUAACAAGGACAGGUAGAAUGACAUUAUUUUUACGGAUCUUUUAAGUCUGUCCAUCUUCUUCCAUCGACUUCGUUCUACUCUUUUACCAAUCAAGUUGUACAAGCAACUAUUUGUCGAAAAUGAUGCUUCCGUUUUUUUGGCAACUCAGGUACAUCCAGAAAAUGUUCCUUCGUGGAGACAGCGUUAUCUCCGUUGUCCGAAACCCGAAGUAAGCGUGAAGUGACUUAAUUGCGUUUUUAUGGGGAGUUGCGCGUAAAAACCCCAGAGUCGUGGGGAGAUGAUGCAGAUUCCCCACUGUGGAUCAGAAGCCCGGACGGGUUCUUUCGAUCGGCACGAUACUUAAUGAAUCCUAGAACAUGCAGGCUUUCGUCAAAAGGUUUUCCUGAGACAUGGAACAUGUGCAACAUGCUCGCUAGGUGAAUACUGUGUCAUAUGAUGGUAAGUAUGUGCUAUGCAGUGCAUGAUGGAUGUAGCUUUGCCUCCCAGCAAAGCGAUUUGCAUGUCUCUCGCUUGAUUUCCUUACUACAAAAUAUUGUUUCAUUCCUAGGAGAGUCUUCGGGCUCUAGAUAUCACUCUUAGGUUAGUAUCACACCACCCAUAUGAGAAUAAAUUGGAUUAUUGUUGUUGUUGAUAAACGCAUUCUUGUUCUGACUCGCAAUUUGCCAACAAGCACGAGGGAACAACGCAGAACUAAUGCCUUAUCGCUG